CGCCGAUAACCAGGCUUCAUCAAUUGACCCAUUCGCGAAAUCGCGCUUUCGGUGCUCAGCGCUCGGCGCUGGCCAAAUUCCUUUCUACAUAUUUUUAUUACAGAUAGGAACUUUUAGACCCACCCUUUCUGGCCGCUACGCGACGGAAUCAUCUGAUAUAAGCCAUGGGUUUGGAACAUAGAACCAAUAGCCGGCAGCCUCCAUUAAUCACUCCUUCCGCUUCACCACCAUCCAGAUCCCACUCCUUCUCCUAUAAUCCUCACGCAAAUAUAAUCACGUCUGGCAAAAGCUCUUCUUCCUCCGGUUCUAGCAUUCGCACUGGUUCUCGGUUUUCAUCUACCCCCCUUUCGACUACAGAAACUCCCGAUAUUCCUACCCUUCGGUCACAAUCAACCUCCAGAUUGCUAUCUGUUUGGUCGACACUUGCUGACAGAUACUCACUCCGAGUGGACCAGGACGAUAUUGUAGACAUUCGGACCGGACAAUUAGUGAAAGAUCGGGGUGUAGUGCGGGGCUUGAAUGGCAAAUGGGAUUUUGGUCGAUUUGCCUCGGUGGAGGAUGAUGAAGGAGACGAACAGCUAGAGUACGAAGAAGAUAGGAACAGGGGAACCGAGGGAGUUCAGGAGGAAAGCGACGAUGAACUGGACUCUUUUGCGUAUCUUGACCACCAGCAAGGGUUGGAUGGCCCUCAGGAAGACAUUGAGUCUCCUGCUAACCCAUUUAUGACCCUGUCGAAUCUUACUUCCCGGGCCACUCACGCCAUUGACCCAACCAAUGACGAAGACGAUGCCGCCGACCUUCGAGCUUUCCUGGAGGAAGAGAGACAUCGAAAAGAGACUCAAGGUGACGCAGCGGAACAAGACGAAAUCUCUACUGGGGAAUCUAGGAUUGAGGAAGGAGGUUCAGAAUUCGUGACAGAAAUAGACACGGAGACGGAAGCUGGGUUCACUACCGAAGGUGAACCUUUUUCGGACUACGACGAAGUCCGAAUGCUCGACACAGAAAAAGUCGAUAAGGUCCAUAGGUCUCCUAUCUUGAGGGGAAAAGAGGGUUCCGAAGAUGAACUCGAAUUAUGGGACGCUUCCGACUUCGAUAUUCUGUCUUCUAAAAAAGCAAACGAAAUACCCUCUUCCUCCAAAUCCAAGUCUCAUCCACAUUUAAUUACUCCUCCAAACUCAUCAACGUAUUCUGAAAGUCACACAGAUUUAUUUGAACCUCUGGUCUCUUCACCGCCCUUAUUAUCACCGAUUUACUCGAGCACUAGGUCAAAAUCGAGACAAAGAUCAUCUACUGAUCAUCCGCCGAGCACUAUCAUGAAACCCUUUACCCCUGCUCCCUCGACUUCCUUACCAUCGUCGAGUCCCUUCAUCAAUUCUUCUAGAAUACCCCGACUUGAUCUCUCCCGGCUGUCCAAUCUGAGGCGAGGUAGGAGCCAAAGUCGAAGUCCCUCGAAGGUCAGUCAGCGAAAAAACGAAAAUACAGGGACCGCAGCGUCCGUUGCGGGAUCCAAGAACCCUUCCAGGUCGAAGACAGCAAACCCUGAGUUGCCUCCUUCAUAUUUCACGCCUUCAACUUCUCGGAUGUCUAAACGACAUUCGUCAGAAGCCAUUAGGACUUCCUCAUCCCCCCAAAAUGCUGGAAAGUCUGUAAGGCACAAAGGAAAAGGCCAAACUGGAGCCGGCGAACUCGACAAAAACUCGCAUUCUGGGAAAAUUGAACCCAAAUCAACCGCUGUCGAUGUGAAGGGCAAAAGUAAAGCCCGGGAAAUUAUCGAGAUCGAUAGUUCCAGUGACGAAUUGCCCUUGGACUCUAUAACCUCGUCCUCUCGAAGGCUUUCAGCAAAAGCUAGGGGAAAGAAACGAGCGCGAUCAUCAGGCGCAUCAUGGUCGUCAGCGGCAGAAUGGGAGAAUGAUUUUCAUCAGGCGACAGGAGGUAGUACCACCAUAAAUCAUCGGAAGAGCAAACUCAUGGGCUCUCCGACUAAGAAAGGACGAUAUACCGUUCUGUCAGAUUCGGAACCUGAGGAAGUCAUACAUCAUACGAGUGCGCAUUCCUCGUGUGAAAUUGAUCCGAUAAGCUCACCAGCCAAAUUAUCUCCUCGUAGAGCCCCUCAAAAUACACAUCCUGAACAGCGACGGCGGAACGACUCCUCACAGUCUAGAUCUCGCCAAAGCAGGCUCGUGUCUAAUGUACAACUAUAUGAAGAUAAAAAUGACGAUCAUCAAGAGAAGGAGCACAGUCCACACGGAUCCUUUCAUCGGUCUGCAGGUCGAAGCAGAAGUCGAGCGCGCGCGAACUCCAAGCGUGCUGUCACAAAUCCACUUUCAGACACAGACCUUGGCCACCCAGCCAAUGUGCAUGAUUAUCCCAUGCGCGACACAUCGCCUUCACGAUAUGUCACUACGAAAUGUGAUGAUACAGGUCAAUCGGAUACCAUGCUUUCGCCCACGAGAGCAGCGAGUCAGUCACAGAUACAGAAAGCCUUCGAAGGACGUGCGAAGGACAUCAUAUCAAACGCUAUCAAGGGCCUCUAUUCACUUCUUACACCGGAAGGUAUGACUGCGCUCCAAGAACAGGUGCAGGAUCAAGGAUCAAGGCCAUCUUCCCAUCGACGUCGUAUUUCGCAUCCAUCAACUGGCCAUGAGAUGGUGUAUACCCCUCGAAGGACUUCCAGUCGUCCUCACGCGCCUUCUGACGCUUCAAUAACUUCCUCUCCUGGUUCGUUAUCAAACAAAGCUGGCUCCAGCUUCCUUUACGCGACUCCGAGCUCCCACCGAGGGCGAUCGCAUCUACAAUCACAUCCCGAUCCAACUUAUUCACGCGGAACGUUGCCCCCAUCCUCACCCUAUUCGGAGUUAGAUGAAGACCGUGGUCAUGAUUAUUUCGAAGAAAGCGAUAAGCAGGAUUUUGAAUCCGACGAUCAACCUCUUCCUACUUCCUCACCUUUAAAACUAAUCAGUAGCUCUCGUCGUGAACGCAGCGGUCCCUUGAACUACCGUGAUCGUGAUUUCCCCAAUUCUCGUCCUCGUGCAAGUUCCAUCGUUCAAAGGAGCAGGUCCCGAGGUCGAAGGGUUUCAUUCAAAGAGAUCGCGUCUGAAACUCAAACGAAGGCGGGAGAAACUCGGAGGACGCUAUCAAGAGAAAUCUCAGUGGAGGAUCCGGUGCAGGAGAUACAUCGGGAAGGGAAGAGAGUAGAGGUAGAUGCCAUGACUUUACACCGCGAGGAUGAUGCUGGGAGUGACGAUUCAAAUGGGAGUGAUGCGACAAGACCAAGACUCGCAGUUCAGUCGCGGAUGAGAAGCGUAGGGACACCUGGUCCCCCGACUUACCGGGGCAAGCGUCAGCAGUUUCGUCAGCGGUCUCCCUCAAUUUUACGUGCGCCAACCAAAUCAGAACCUCCUGAGCUCGUCGAGACCGAACCUCUGCCCAUAAGGGUUCCUAGCCGACCAAAGAAAGUUAAGGCCGUUGGAAGGCGGGCCAGUAGAAAUUGAAUUUAGUG